AUGGAAGAAAUACCGAAUAGUAAAAGAUAUGCCGUUACCAAGACAAAAUUACCACCAUGCUGUCUAAGAAUUCAUCCUCAAGAUCCAACAAAAAUUUUCAUUGGAACUUAUAAAUUAGAAGAUAAUGGAACUCGUCAUGGAUCUUUAGAUUAUUAUACUUAUAUUGAUCAAACACUUACUUUAAUUUCAAGUACACCUACUAGUAAAGGAGCUAUUCUUGAUGUUAAAUUUCAUCCAAGUGAUUUUCAAUUAUUAGUUACUGUUCAUUCGAAUGGUCAUUUAUUAAUUUGGAAAUUUAUCGAUGAUUCAUUAAAUUUAAUUCAUGAUGUAUUAAUAGAUGAAGAUACUUUAAUAACAUCAUGUUUUUUCAAUCCAAAUAUUUCAUCUUCAUCAACUGCUAAAAAUCAAAUUUUAUUGACUUUUACAAAUGGGUAUCUGGGAAUAUUCAAUAUUGAAACUCUUGAAAUGGAAACAUAUUUUGAUUCAUGUCAUUCAUUAGAAUGUUGGACUGGUUCAUUUGGUGAAUUUGGUGAAUUGAAAAAUGUAGUGUAUACAGGUAGUGAUGAUUCAACAAUAAUAGCUCAUGAUUUAAGAACAAAUGAAGAAAUUUGGACAUUACGUAGAGGUCAUGAAGCUGGAAUAGUUUCUAUUUUAUCACCAAAUGAAAAUUGGAAUAAAUCGAAUCCUCAUGCAUUAUGGACAGGUUCAUAUGAUGAUAAUUUAAGAAUUUGGGAUUUAAGAGUUAUUGAUAAAGAAAAUCCAGCAUUGAUGUCGGGAUAUAUUCCAAAGAAAAAAUAUGCAGAGAAUUUGGGUGGGGGAGUUUGGAGAUUAAUUCCAAGUCCUUUAGAAAAUGAUGAUAGAUUGUUAGUUUGUUGUAUGUAUGAUGGGGCUAGAAUUAUUGAUGUUGAAAACAGGGAUGACGAUGAAAAAUUUAGAGUUGAAAGAUAUUUUAAGCAAGACCAUCAAAGUAUGUGUUAUGGCGGGGAUUGGUCUUGCGAUGGGAAAUAUGUCGCUACUUGUUCUUUCUACGAUAAUGUUGUUCAAAUUUGGUCACCUGAUGAAUGUAAAUAG